ACGAGGAGGCGGGGCUGAGUGACUGAGUCCGAAGUCGUCUACUUCAGGCGCAGGGCCGGAGACCGGCGAGUGGAGGCUGCCUGCAACGUUCUGUAAGGCUAGUCGGACACCAUGGCGGACAACCGGGAUCCAGCCAGUGACCAGAUGAAGCAUUGGAAGGAGCAGCGGGCCGCGCAGAAACCUGAUAUCCUGACCACCGGCUCUGGGAAUCCGAUAGGAGACAAACUCAAUAUUCUGACAGCAGGGCCCCGAGGGCCCCUUCUUGUUCAGGAUGUGGUUUUCACUGAUGAAAUGGCUCACUUUGACCGGGAGAGAAUUCCUGAGAGAGUUGUGCAUGCCAAAGGAGCAGGGGCUUUUGGCUACUUUGAGGUCACACACGACAUUACCAGAUUCUCGAAGGCGAAGGUGUUUGAGCACGUUGGAAAGAGGACACCCAUUGCAGUUCGUUUCUCCACCGUUGCUGGAGAAUCGGGCUCAGCUGACACAGUUCGUGACCCUCGUGGGUUUGCAGUGAAAUUUUACACAGAGGAUGGUAAUUGGGAUCUCGUUGGAAAUAAUACCCCUAUUUUCUUCAUCAGAGAUGCCAUAUUGUUUCCAUCCUUUAUCCACAGCCAAAAGAGAAACCCUCAGACACACCUGAAGGAUCCGGACAUGGUCUGGGACUUCUGGAGCCUACGUCCUGAGUCUCUGCAUCAGGUUUCCUUCCUGUUCAGCGAUCGAGGGAUUCCAGAUGGACACAGGCACAUGAACGGAUAUGGAUCGCACACUUUCAAGCUGGUUAAUGAGAAGGGAGAGGCGGUUUAUUGCAAAUUCCAUUAUAAGACUGACCAGGGCAUCAAAAACCUUUCCGUUGAAGAUGCAGCAAGACUUUCCCAGGAAGAUCCUGACUAUGGCAUCCGGGACCUUUUUAAUGCCAUUGCCACCGGCAACUAUCCCUCCUGGACUUUUUACAUCCAGGUCAUGACAUUUCAGGAGGCAGAAGCUUUUCCAUUUAAUCCUUUUGAUCUUACCAAGGUUUGGCCUCACAGCGAAUACCCUCUUAUCCCAGUUGGUAAACUGGUCUUAAACCGGAAUCCAGUUAAUUAUUUUGCUGAGGUUGAACAGAUGGCCUUUGACCCGAGCAACAUGCCACCCGGCAUUGAGCCCAGCCCUGACAAGAUGCUGCAGGGCCGCCUAUUUGCCUAUCCUGACACUCACCGCCACCGCCUGGGGCCCAACUAUCUUCAGAUACCUGUGAACUGUCCCUUCCGUGCUAGGGUGGCCAACUACCAGCGUGAUGGCCCCAUGUGCUUUCAGGACAAUCAAGGUGGGGCUCCAAAUUACUACCCCAACAGCUUUAGUGCUCCCGAACAGACGCAUUCGGCCUUGGAACAUUGUACCCGCUAUUCUGGGGACGUGCAGCGCUUCAACAGUGCCAACGAAGAUAAUGUCACCCAGGUGCGGACUUUCUAUUUGAACGUACUGAAUGAGGAGGAGAGGAAACGCCUGUGUGAGAACAUUGCGGGUCAUCUGAAAGACGCACAACUGUUCAUCCAGAAGAAAGCGGUCAAGAACUUCAGUGACGUCCAUCCGGACUAUGGGGCCCGCAUUCAGGCUCUUCUGGACAAAUACAAUGCUGAGAAACCAAAGAAUGCAGUUCACACCUAUGUGCAGGCUGGAUCUCACUUGGCUGCAAGGGAGAAAGCUAACCUGUGAGGGUCGGGGGCCCUGAUCCUGCACCAAGUUGCCGUCUGCCUCUGAAGCAAAACAUGGAAUUCACACACAUACCCAUUCGUCACUGGAUGCAAGAUUCUCCUGUGCUAGACAUGCAAAUGCAAGCUUCUGUCUGUAAAAUGAUAAUCCAGGUUUCUGUAGCAAAUAAUGCAAUAAUGGCUUUGAAUGCUACUUUCCUAGGGGUAAGUGAAGGUUAGGGCUGAACAGUCAUUUAAAGGGAAUGUGUAUUUGCCUUUGACAGUUGAUUAUUCACUUAAAACAACCAGAGUGAAAAUUUCUAGCAGAUAUAUGAUUUUAUUUGAUAAGAAAAAACCUUGGCAAAAUGAAUAUCUUUACAUUAUCAUCUCGUGAACUAUUAUAUAAAAAUAUGGCCAUAAUUAUAUAAGAAGAAAAGAUGAAAAUAAUCCACUCAGAAAUUUUGAUUUUUCCAAGUUCCAUAUAGGAAAAAUAUACCUAAUGCUUUGGGGUCUUUUGAAAAUAACUUCAGUACCAUCAUGACUUAAUGUUUAAUCCUGCUUGGAACUGAUGAGAUUUUUUAAAACUGGGAAUUACAUUUAUGCUAAUACAGCAUUGAUUUUUGCAACAGACUGAUUUGUAAUUGCUUACAUUUUUACAAUAAAAUAAUCUGCACUUAAAAAUA